CGUUAUGCUGACGAUCCCACGAAAAUUCUGUCCCGCCCACUUCCGGUACACAUUCCUCCGUCCAGGCCAGGGUGACGGUGUGAGCUGCUGCUUCCGCCUCAUCCUCCAGGGUUACACAGUAGUGAAGAAGACAUCCGGUGAGUGUGAGACACCGAGCAGCCAUCCCCGUGUGUCAGGAGGACUGCGCAGGACCCAGAGCCCCAACACGGUGCCUCCACCUCACUCACUGACACAUGAGACACAUUGACCAGAAGAUCCUGGAACUCCCUAAAAAGAUCAUUCAGCUGCUGACUGGAGAGGAGGUGGAGUAUAUAGAGGAACACAGGCGUCUGUACAAGGACGUGAUGAUGGAGAAUCACCGGCCCCUCACAUCACUGGAUGGGCCCAGUAACGGAGAUACCCCAGAGAGAUGUCCCCGUCCUCUGUAUUCCCAGGAUUGUACAGAGGAGAACCACAGGAUCCCACAGGAGGAUCAGGUAGAACGUCUGUUUAAUAUUAAAACAGAAGAUAUAGAAGGAGAAGAAGAGACGUAUGUGACUGAUAUAAAGGCAGAAGAUACAGCGGGAGAAGAAGAGACGUAUGUGACCGAUAUAAAGGCAGAAGAUACAGAGGGAGAAGAAGAGACGUAUGUGAGGGGUGAUCAGCAGUGUAAGGAGGAGGAGAUCCCUACAGAUAUCAGCACAGCAGAUGGACACACAAGCAGGAAUAUCUCAGAAGGACAUCUAAUGUUAUCCCCGGAUUGUGACAUAAAUGAUAAUGACAGUAGACAGGAUUCUCCAGGAGAUAACGCCAUUACCCCAAUUAUACAUCCAGCUCUAUCAGCUGAUCCCUCUGAUCCUGGGAAAUGUUCUGCUGAUAACUCUGAUAUUGGUGCAUCUGUUACAGCUCAGAGAGUAGAUACAGUGUUUCCCUGUUCUAUAGAUACCAAAUGUUUUACACAGAAAACAAAGCUUAUUACCCAUCAGGCAGCUAAGGCAGGUGAGAGGCCAUUUCCAUGUUCUGAGUGUGGGAAAUGUUUUGCACGGAAAUCGCAUCUUGUUAUACAUCAGAGAAGUCAUACAGGUGAGAGGCCAUAUUCUUGCUCUGAGUGUGGGAAAUGUUUUUCCCAGAAAUCACAUCUUGUUCUACAUCAGAGAAGUCACACAGGUGAGAGGCCGUUUUCUUGCUCUGAGUGUGGGAAAUGUUUUUCCCAGAAAUCACAUCUUGUUCUACAUCGGAGAAGUCACACAGGUGAGAAGCCAUUUUCUUGCUCUGAGUGCGGGAAAUGUUUUUCCCAGAAAUCACCACUUGUUACACAUCAGCGAAGUCACACAGGUGAGAAGCCAUUUUCUUGCUCUGAGUGUGGGAAAUGUGUUAGAUGGAAAUCACAACUUGUUACUCAUUACAGAAGUCACACAGGUGAGAAUAUAUUUCCAUGUUCUGAGUGUGGGAAAUGUUUUUCCCAGAAAUCACAUCUUGUUCUACAUCAGAGAAGUCACACAGGUGAGAGGCCGUUUACUUGCUCUGAGUGUGGGAAAUGUUUUCCCCAGAAAUCACAUCUUGUUCUACAUCAGAGAAGUCACACAGGUGAGAAGCCAUUUUCUUGCUCUGAGUGUGGGAAAUGUGUUAGAUGGAAAUCACAACUUGUUACUCAUUACAGAAGUCACACAGGUGAGAAUAUAUUUCCAUGUUCUGAGUGUGGGAAAUGUUCUGCACACAAAUCAGAUCUUAGAAACCAUGAGAGAAGUCACACAGGUGAGAAGCCAUUUCUCUAACGUCCUAAGUGGAUGCUGGGGACUCCGUAAUGACCAUGGGGA